AUGGUAGCCCUGUCGGUGGGCCUCUCAAGGGCCCGCCAGCCUUCAUUCAUACUCCUUCUAUUGUUUAUCAUUGUCUUUGUCGCGCAAGUUUCAGUCGCUCAGGACUCCACCACAGACGACUCUACGACCACUGCCGCCACAACGGCGGACACAUCUUCAUCUACGGACUCUGCGACAACCUCGUCAGAUGACAGUACUACCACCUCAGCUGCAACCACGACGGACUCAUCGUCUAGCUCAACGACAGAUGCUACGUCCACGUCAACUGACUCAAGCUCUUCUUCUUCCUCUUCCUCAACCAGUGGCUAUCCCAUCGUCACUGUUCCCCCCACAGCCGAUGCACCGUACAUGCAGAAGUCGAAGAUCCCCGAGGGGACUCUGUUCAUCGUUGUCGGGGCUGUCCUUGGUGCCAUUGGAUUUGCUAUUCUGGCCUGGCGCGCCCUCGUAGCCUGGUCAGUCAACCGUUCCGUUCGUCAAGCCGCCAUGGUUCGGUCAUCCGAAACCAAAGGACUGCUUCGCACCAAGAAGCGAAGAUCUCGCUCCAGAAGAUCAAGUUCCGGACCAGGUGUCACCCUCGAGAAGCUGGGUGGUGGAGGGCAUCAUCACCACCGUCACAGCCACCGACACCAUAGGUCACCUUCCACAAAGACCCCCAGCUCCAACAGCGCGCUGUUCUUUUCGCCCACCGCCGGAAUGCAUCCCAGCAGCAGUAACAGGCGGUCUGCCUAUCUCCCUGCAGGCUACUACAACACCGGCAGUGCAGCGCCUCCUCGGACUCACGAAGCACGCUUCUCGGCGGCUGAUCUACCAGGCAUGGGACCACAGUCGCAGGGUUAUACGAGGGCCAAAACAGCCCCUAGCCCUCCUGAAUCACCAGGCCUAUCCCCAGCAGCCAACGAACAGGACACGACGCCCCGUCGUAGUGCCAGACGGUCCCGCGCAGAAGACCCUUCUACCAGCAGCGUGAAUCUGUCCUCUCCUCCUCAGGGUCGCACACCAAGCGCAUACCUGGAAGAUUUGUUCGAUAACCACAAUACGCCUCAGAACAGACAUUGA